UUGAUUUCUUUUAGGAUACCAAAGGAAGGUGAAAAAAAUAUUUUAAUAACCUCAGCUUUGCCUUACGUAAAUAACGUUCCACAUUUGGGAAAUAUAGUUGGCUGUGUUUUGAGUGCAGAUGCAUUCGCAAGGUAUUGUUGUCUCAAAGGCUGGCAUUCCUUAUUCAUAUGUGGCACAGAUGAAUAUGGAACUGCUACAGAAACUAGGGCUUUGCAGGAAGGCGUAACACCUCAAGAAAUUUGUGAUAGAUAUCAUGCAAUUCACGCCAAAAUUUACAAGUGGUUUAAUAUUGAUUUCGAUCAUUUUGGCCGAACAACCACGCAGCAUCAAACAGAGCUGACACAAGAAAUUUUUUUAAAGCUUCAUAAAAAUGGCUUUACUUCUAUCGAUUCUAUUGAUCAAUUACAUUGUGAUAGUUGCAGUAGGUUCUUGGCUGACCGUUUUGUUCAUGGAGAAUGUCCAUUUUGUCAUUAUGAUGAUGCGCGAGGAGAUCAGUGUGAUGGAUGUGGCAAGUUAAUAAAUGCUGUAGAAUUGAUAAAUCCGCAGUGUAGUUUAUGUAAAGCUACCCCUGAAAUCCGAUCAUCAAGUCAUAUUUUUCUUCAUCUAGAUAAGCUCUCAGAUGAUGUUGAAAAGCAUGUGAAUGAACAGUUAAAUGUAAGGAAAAAUCAGUGGUCAGCAAAUGCUGUAUCAAUCGCAAGAAGUUGGUUGAAACUUGGAUUGGAAAAGCGAUGCAUUACUCGGGAUUUGAAAUGGGGUGUUCCUGUGCCUCUUGAUGCUUUUUCUCAUAAGGUUUUUUACGUUUGGUUUGAUGCUCCCAUUGGUUAUUUAUCUAUAACCAAAGAAUAUUUAGGAGAUGAAUGGUCAAAAUGGUGGAAAAAUCCGGACAAUGUUGAACUGUAUAAUUUUGUUGGAAAAGAUAACGUUGCUUUCCAUGCUGUUAUGUUUCCCGCCACUCAAAUUGGUACAGGAGAUAAUUAUACGCUGGUUAAUCGUCUGUGCGCAACAGAAUAUCUUAAUUAUGAAAAUACGAAGUUUAGCAAGUCACGAAAUACUGGUGUCUUUGGUGAUAUGGCCGCUGAUACAGGUAUUGAUGCAGAUAUCUGGCGAUUUUAUUUGCUGUACGUCCGCCCUGAAACACAGGAUACAUCUUUUUCUUGGGAUGAUUUUGCUUUAAAGGUCAAUACAGAGCUUUUGAACAAUUUGGGUAAUUUCGUAAAUCGUGCAUUGACGUUCCUUAGUAAGUAUUUCAAAGGAGUAGUACCAAAUAUGCAUAUCGAACAACAGGACAAAAUUUUAUUAGCUGAAGUUGCUUCUGAUUUAAAUGAUUAUGAUUCGAAUUUGAGUUUGGUAAAACUUCGUGAGGGCAUUAUUAAAGUCCUUUCUGUAUCAAGGCAUGGUAAUUUGUAUAUGCAGUCAACUCAACCGUGGGUUCUACUCAAAGGAGAUGAAAAUGACAGGAAACGGGCAGGCACCAUUAUUGGUGUAGCAGCAAAUUUGGCUUAUUUAAUUGCUGUCAUGCUCCAUCCGUAUAUGCCAUCCACUAGUGCAAAGAUACGAGAUUAUUGUGGCCUUCCAGCUCUUGCUUUUUUACCUAAUACACCUUUAGCAUUCUUGAAACCUGGACAUAAAAUUAAUGAGGGUUGCAGUCGAAGACUAGGUGUAGGUGUAGAAAACGGUAAGCGAAGGUGGUUAGUUUAA